ACUCCUUAAAUCCUGCCCUUCUGCGCUGCAAUGCCUCUUCAUGACUUUUAUACAAUUCCCGGUGUGAAUAUGAACGUAUAUUGUCUUUAUUCCUGAUAUUUACUUGAGGACUGUUCUGAUGGCAUCUAAGCUCCUGGACAGACUUCGCCGCUCGUUCUUUAAAGAAGGAGAGCUGCCGGCAGACUCGGACGGCGCCGACGACUUCCCGGAAAGCUCUGAACUCGAGGAUGAUACAGACUGCGUCUCGGCCAGGCUCAGUGGAACCCUCUGCUUCGAAGGUGAUGGAGUCUUGGAAUCUGAAGAUGCGGGAGAAACGUCUGGUCCAGACAGUGAUUCAGACUGUUUUGUGGAGUCUUUUGAUAAUGCAUGCAGCAGCACAGAUAUAAGCCCUGUAGGUCCUUCUCAGAAGGGCUCCGGUAUGCUCACCAAACAGUUACAAGAGAGUUGGCGAAAUCUGCGCAACCGCUGUGUGGUGGAAAAGCUUGUGUUUGAGGUGACUGAUGCCAGCGUAGUACACGAGGCCAACUCCAAAUAUGUGCUUUACACCAUUCAAGUCAUCCAGUCCAGCACAUUCGACAAAACACCUGCAGUCAUCGCCCGCCGUUACACCGACUUCGAGCGGCUGCACAACCUCCUGCGCAGGCGGCAUCGCGUAGACAUGGAGGGCGUCCACUUCCCGCGCAAGAAGCUGCGCCGCAACUUUGCGGCCGAGACCAUCGGCAAGCGAAGCCGAGCCUUCGAGCAGUACCUUUCUCACCUGCACUCUCUAGCCGAGGUACGCACUUCACCCGCCUUUCUGGAGUUCUUCUACCUGGGUGAGCUUCGCGGAGGGCAGACCCUGGUAUGCGCCGGCCGCUACGGGGAAGCACUGAAUACCCUGCUCAAUGCACUCUAUCUACAGGAAAAGCUGGACUCACCAUAUGAGACUCACCUCCUGUUCACACUCUCAGCCUUGACAGGUUGCUGCCAAGAGUUGGACAGGCUGAGUGAUGCGCAGGAUCAUUGCGAACGCGCGCUGAACAAACUGGCGCCCUCGACGGAGAUGCAAAAGAAACAGAAAAAGCAGCUUCACCCACUGCUGGUGCCACUUCUGCAGGCCAACGUCAGGCUCUGCUGGAAGAUCGCCAAGGACAAGCGGCGCUGGGAGGCUCUGCUGAAUGAGAUCCAGGAGCUGGGCGUGGACAUCGAAAAUCAGCCCGAUUUAAAGGAGUAUGUUGUGAAAGAGAAUCUUUUGGAAAACGAGGGGUAGUUCCGGGUCAUCUAGAUAGCAUCUAAAUUAAGAGGGCAUUAGAGAAUAAGGACAGCAGUAGAUAUUAGCCUAACAAAGGGAUUUUUGAUGUAUAGAACCUGUGGAAAUAUCACUAACCCACUUUAUUUGCAGAAGAUAAUCAUAUUUUUGGAAUUUCAUGACGUUCACCAGCAUUUUUACCGUUUCAUGUUUUGCACAAAAAACUGUAAAUAUUAUUACACUUACAAAUAUAAAACUAUAUAUAAAAAUUUAAAUUGCUUUAAAUAUAAACACAGCCUUAGGAGAGGUAUAUUUUUAUAAAAGAGUGCAUUUAAUUACAUGAAACUCACCGGUAAAGGGCAUUUUAUAUUGAAAUUAAAGGGAACGAGAAUUUAGGGGAUUAUUUUAAGAUAGAAUUUUAACAGAUUUUAACUAUUUUUAUCUAUAGAAUAGCAUGUGUACUACAAAAAGUACUGCAAAAAUUGUAUAAUUUCAUCACGCUACAUAUCGAGUGUUUAUUAUCUAUUUAUUUAUAAUUUAGAGAAAAUCAUUUGUAAUAAAAUAUUCCUUUUUUAGACCGUCUAGCUACCCUCCCAUCCUCCUAAACUAAUCCAGGAAUAUAAACUGCAUAAUGUUGCUCACGUAAUAUUUUUUAAGUUUCAUUUACUGCACUGUUUAUUGUUUGCACAUUUACAGAAAUAUAGCACUACUAUUUACAGAAUCCUUAUCAGUAAUGUAUUGGAGGAAGAAUUUGGUUCAUUUUGCACUCUGUAGAUAUGUUGUGUAGUUAUUAUGCAUGCCGUUCUAUCAUUUGACAUGUUCUAUUUUCAUUUAAAGAUAUGCCACAUUUCCAGGUUUUAAUAAAA